UGCUUUACUCGACGCGCUGCCGCAGGUUCUUCACAGUCAAAAGAAAACCGUUAACACGAACGAUCAUGCGAGAAAAGCUCUGCGGCGCAAGGAAAAACCACCGUUGAGUCGCCGUCGCCGUCGCAGUCGCGGUAAUUAAUUAGUCCAGGCAGCGCUGCCUGCGUACCGCGAGCUUAAUCACGGCGUUUUGUGACAGCCGUCCGUCUGUGUGUGCCAGCCAGUGAGCCACCCAACCUACCAGCUAACCACCCACCCACCCACACACAUAACGAAAGUGCGCAGCCGUCGCUUAAACGCAAAAUCGAAUCAGAAAUUGCCGUCGCCAAAACGCGCGCUUCGUGUUUGCUCGUCAAAAAAGCAGCGCAGCUUCCAAUCGCGUCGCGUCGCGUCGCAUCGCGCGCCUCUGCUUUGAACUUCCACUUCAUUUUUUUGGUAUCAAUCAGUCGGCAGAGCGACGUAGCAGAGGCUGCGAGUGUAUAUGUGUAUGUGUGUGUUGUUGUUUGCCUGUCAGUUUGACAGCAGAGGCAGCGCAGCGACAGAGGGCAGAGGAAGAGUCCAAGAAGAAGAAGACGAAGCGACACGGGCCCAGUGACGACAAGGCAGCACCGACAGAAUUCAUUCUCUUUUCGACUCUCAUCCGGUGAACACCGAUGAACACGGAACACCCACACUAGUACCGCGAGUGAGAGAGAGCGACGUGACGCGUGUUCCGCCAAACACAAUGACAUCGAAAAUCACAACAAUUUGAUAAUAACGGGAAUAAUUGAAUGCAAGUGUGAUAAAAAAUAAAUAUAAAAAAAAUAAAGAAAUAAAAAAUAAAUGCAAGUCGCGAGCCGUCAUAUCUAGUCAGAAGUUGGCCGAAAGCGAGGAAACACUCAAAUGUUCGAUCAAGACUGAAUAAAAAAUAAAAAAUUAAAAAAUAAAAAAUACAAUGCAAGUAGGGAGAGAAGCCCCAACAAAUGGUUCAACAAAGUAUACGUAAAAAACAGCCACAAAUUAGUAAUAUCCAACAAAUAUAUUUAUUACAAAAAAUAAACUUAAAAAACACAAAACUACUAUUUAAAAAUUUAAUAUUUACAUUUAACGGUAUUUUGCUCACCAAAACUACACUUAAACUAAAAAGUAUGUAGAAGCAGUUACUUAAAUCAACAAAUCCUAAACGAAGUAUACGAUUCAAUGCAAUUAUUAAAUUAAAUUUAAACCCAAAAAUACACACAAAAAAAAAACACACACACAAAUUUAAAAUUAAAACAAAAAGGCCUCCAAACACAAAAAAUAUUUAAAUAAAAAUUAAAACAAAAGUUAUACGCAAAAAAUACGAAAAUUCUAUACGACAACGUACCAAGUGCAAAAUAUUAAAAAAAAAUAUUAAAAGAAACAAAAGGAAAUUUAUGAAUAUUGUGUCAAAUUAAGAUUAAGUUCGAGUUAAAAAAUAAAAAAUAAAAACAAACAAAAUUCAGAAAAACUUCAAAAUGUUGCACGAGGCUCUGAUGCUCGAGAUCUACAGACAGGCGCUGAAUGCCGGCGCCCUGCCCACAGCUCGUCCGCGCUCCACAGAGUCCGCCAACUCCAGCGAACGCUGUCCCUCCCACGACUCCAACUCCUCGGACAACGGGGGAGUGGGCAGCAGCGGCAUCGGCGGCCAGCGAGUGGAUCCUGCCGCCGGAGUGAUGCCCGGCGUGCCCACCACUCUCCACUCGACAUUCCCGGCGGUGCCGCAGUCCCUGCCCGCCCAGCCCCCCUCCAUGGAGGCCUACCUGCACAUGGUGGCCGCCGCCGCCCAGCAGUACGGCUUUCCGCUGGCAGCCGCAGCGGCAGCAGGGGCGGGGCCACGCCUCCCCCUGCCGCUGGCCAACGAGGCGGCGCCACCGUUCAAGCUACCCCCCCAGGCCUCGCCCACGGCGUCCAGCAACAACUCGGAGGCUCUGGACUUCCGCACCAAUCUGUACUCGAGGGCCGAGUCCGCCGAGCCACCGGCCUCCGAGGGGGAGGAGGAGGACUUCGAUGAUGGCGCCAACAAUCCCCUUGAUCUCUCCGUGGGCACCCGGAAGCGGGGCCACGAGUCGGAGCCCCAGCUGGGCCACAUCCAGGUGAAGAAGAUGUUCAAGUCGGAGAGCCCGCCCGCCAAUCCCGUGGCCCCGCCCACUGCCAACCAGCUCCUGCCGGGCGUGAACCCCUACCUGGCUGCCGUGGCGGCGGCCAACAUAUUCCGAGCGGGCCAGUUCCCGGACUGGAACGGCAAGAGCGAUCUGGUGGUGGAUCCCCUGGAGAAGAUGUCCGACAUUGUGAAGGGCGGCGCGGGUGGCAUGGGGGGCAAGGAGAAGAUGCACUCCUCGAAGGCCACGCCCCCGCAGUCGGCCAUUCCGCCGCCCAAGAGUCCUGUCCAGUCGGCGGCUCCGAACCAGAACUCGGAGUCCGGCGGAGGCCCCAGCUCCGGGGGCGGUGGGGGCGUGACCAAGGCCCGGCACAACAUCUGGCAGUCGCACUGGCAGAACAAGGGCGUGGCCAGCUCGGUGUUCCGGUGCGUGUGGUGCAAGCAGAGCUUCCCCACCCUGGAGGCCCUCACCACCCACAUGAAGGACAGCAAGCACUGCGGGGUGAACGUGCCGCCGUUCGGCAAUCUCCCGAGCAACAAUCCUCAGGCCCAGCACCACCACCCGGCCCCGCCACCGCCGCCCCAGAGCCACAACCUGCGCAAGCAGGGCUCCGGAUCCGGAUCGGGAUCCAACCACUCGCCAUCGGCCAAUGUGAAGAACGCGUUCCAGUACCGUGGAGAUCCGCCGACGCCCCUGCCCCGGAAACUGGUCCGCGGCCAGAACGUCUGGCUGGGCAAGGGCGUGGAGCAGGCGAUGCAGAUCCUCAAGUGCAUGCGGUGCGGCGAGAGCUUCCGCUCCCUGGGCGAGAUGACCAAGCACAUGCAGGAGACGCAGCACUACACCAACAUCCUCUCCCAGGAGCAGAGCAUCUCCAUCAAGUCGGCCAAUGCCAAUGCCAACUCCGACGCCAAGGAGAGCCAGAGCAGCCUCAGCUCCGAGGAGAGCCGCACCCUCAGCGCCGUGCUCACGUGCAAGGUGUGCGACAAGGCCUUCAGCUCCCUGGGGGAUCUGAGCAACCACAUGGCCAAGAACAAUCACUACGCCGAGCCGCUGCUCCAGUCGGCCGGUGCUCGGAAGCGACCGGCUCCCAAGAAGCGCGAGAAGUCGCUUCCGGUAAGGAAGCUGCUGGAGAUGAAGGGCGGAGCUGGGAACCAGGACGACAUUGCCGCCGAGAAGUCCGUGGCGCAGGGCAAGCCGGGCCUGGGACCUGGUGGGGGCGACAAGAAUGACGCCGCUUUGUUCGCGGAGCGGAUGAGGCAGUACAUCACCGGGGUGAAGUCGCCCGAGGAAAUGGCCAAGGUGGCGGCCGCCCAGCUGCUGGCCAAGAACAAGUCCCCCGAGCUGGUGGAGCAGAAGAACGGCAGUGCCAAGGCGCCCGGCUCCUCCUCGGUCCUGAGCGCCAUCGAACAGAUGUUCACCACCAGCUUCGAUACGCCGCCGCGCCACGCCAGCCUGCCAGCCAGUAGUCCCUCCAACUCCUCGACCAAGAACACCUCGCCGGUGGCCUCCAGCAUCCUCAAGCGGCUGGGCAUCGACGAGACGGUGGACUACAACAAGCCACUGAUCGACACCAACGACCCGUACUACCAGCACUACCGGUACACCAGCAGCGAGCGGAGCGGCAGCGAGUGCAGCGCCGAGGCCAAGCCCCGCCUGGACGCCCCCACUCCCGAGAAACAGCACCCCACGCCGGGUGGGCACGACGAGGAUGCCGCCAAGCCGAUGAUCAAGCUGGAGAAGGAUCUGGGCAGGGAGUCGGCGGAGCCCAUCAAAAUGGAGAUCAAGUCUGAGAUGGGGGAUGAUGCCGGUACCGAUGCCGAGGACUCCUCCAAAAUGGAGACCACUCUGGUCAAUGGCACUGCCACCAACAACAAUAACAACAACAACAAUGUGGAGAGAAGCUCCCCCAAGGCGCCCUCUGCGGCGGCCAGUCCCCAGACCCGUCUGCUACCGCCCCGCAGUCCCGCCGAUAGCCAAAGAUCCGUCACCCCCAAGUCGCCCGCCUCCAGUCACAAGUCCUACGACGGCAGCUCCGAGGGCAACAAGAAGUAUCCCAGCGACUCCCUCAACGCCCUGUCCUCCAUGUUCGAUUCCCUGGGCAGCAGCAGUGGUGCCGGUGCCGCCAAUACGAGGGCCAAGCUGGCAGCUGCCGCUGCCGCCGGCGGAGGAGGUGCCGAGUCUCCGGAGAAUCUCAGCUCUGGCGGCAACUCGCUGGCGGCCCUGCGACAAUUCUGCGUCAAGAAGGAGAAGACCGCCUAAGUCCGCGAGCCGAGACGAAAAGCGAAACAGAAUCGUUUGCCUUGUUUUCGUUGUUUCGAGCAAAACGCAUUUUCAACAUUUUUUGGUUUGCCAGCGCCUCGCCUCGCCUCCGCCACGCCUCCCUCUCGAAGGAUAUCCGGAAGGCUCCAGUUGGGCGAAACGAGGCUUUCUUUGUGGUGGGUCGGGCCGCCUAAGCCGGGAUUCAAGUCAAGAUGCCGCACAAAUGGCCACGACACUUUGUACAAACCAGACAAGGACACUGACGUCCUGAGGGACUCGGCACAGAUACCAUUGUACCAUUGUGGAGGACUGCAGAAAGGACGCAUAAGGAUACAGUGAGCAGCGGGGAUGUUGUUAUUUUGGCCCAGAACUAUUCCUGCCGCGCCUCGUUCCCUUAGGCCACUCGGCAAGCAGCAAGGCCAUCUUUUUCAAGGAUGCACCACUUUGGAAUCCUUGAAAGACCCUGGCUUGCCAGCUGAUUGGAGGUGGAACGAGGCGAAGACGAACCUAUAUCCACGAGAGAUACCAGCCCUUGUCAGGGCUGCCACUUGCCUCGGCAAAGAGUUAUGAAAUUGGAAAAGAAAACAUUGUGAUCAAAAUAAAACAAGAACGUUUUUAUGGAAUUAACAAACAGAA